AUGGCUCCUCCGACCUUCCAGCCGGCGAUGGUGGAGCAGCUCUUCCAGUCUGCAUGGGCAGCAAAUGCGGCAAGCACAGCCGAGACAAUUGCUGGUGACAGCAGCGAAGAAGAAGAGCUCUUCGAUUCUGCACCUCUAGUCAGUGCCGCUGCCGCUGCUUCACGCGUGCGGAAGAUUCACAUAGACGCAGUGAAGCUUAGCGCCGAGAUGCUGCGGCUCUUCGUAGUGGAAGCGGUCCACCGCGCCCAGAUGGAGGCCAUGGUUGACGACAGCGAGCAGGUGGAGCCGCUGCAUGUAGAACAGAUCUUGGCGCAGCUGUUGCUAGAUUUUUAG